AUGGUAUCUACUGGUAUCUACGUAGCUACUGGAAAGCUACCACAGAGUCCUAAAAAGUUUACAGGAGCCAAGAUGGCAGAGCAAGAAGAAGAUUUCAGUUCUCUACCCCUCCCAGAUAGAUUUCAACACAAGAUAUGGAAAGUAAGAAAGGCAGCAUAUGAAGAUGCAGCAAAACAAUUCGAGAUCACACCAGAUGAACAUGACCAGUGUUUAAAACCAUUUCUUAACGACCCUGGAUUGUGGAAGGGAGCGGUGGCAGAUUCGAACGUUGCGGCACAACAAGAUGGUAUCGCGGCAUUAUGCGCUUUCUUAAAGUUUGGUGGGCGCGAACAUUGUACCAGGACACGAAGUCAUACAUUAACUUCCUUGGUCGAGAAGGGAUUGAGUUCAACAAGGGCUGCUACCAAAGCAUCUGCGCUCGAAGCCCUAUUGUUAUAUGUCGAACUGGAUGUAGCUGCCCCUGUCAUCGAAGAGCUUCUUCCUGCAUUGUCGCAUAAACAACCAAAAAUUGUCGCAGCGACAGUAACUGCAAUAACCGCUAUAUAUCAUGAAUAUGGAUGUAAGACAGUGGAUCCUAAGCCCGUUCUCAAAGUUCUCCCAAAACCAUUCGGUCAUGCAGAUAAGAAUGUACGUGCGGAAGCUACAAAAUUGGCUAUCGAGUUUUAUAGAUGGUUACGAGAGGCCAUGAAGCCAAUGUUUUGGGGGGAUCUCAAACCUACACAACAGACCGAUAUGGAAGCUCAAUUUGAACAGAUCAAGGGGGAGCCAGCGCCGAAACAAGAACGAUUCCUCAGAUCACAACAAGCAGCAAUGUCUAGGGCACCUCCCCCAGGUGAAGGUGGUGCAGAAGAGGAGGAUGAGUUAGAGGCUGAAGGUGUCGAGAUUGAUGCAUUUGACUUAGCUGAACCACAAGAUGUAUUAUCCAAGGUCCCUGCAAAUUUCCACGAACAGUUAGCUUCGUCAAAAUGGAAAGAGCGAAAGGAAGCGCUGGAGGCUCUAUACACCUGUGUCAAUGUUCCUAGAAUCAAAGAUGCCGAUUUCGGCUUGAUAGUUCACGGUCUGGCGAAAUGCAUGAAAGACGCUAAUAUUGCAGUUGUCACUCAAGCUGCACAGUGUGUUGAAGUUUUAGCUCAAGGUUUACGAAAGGGGUUCGCCAAAUAUAGAUCCGUCAUUCAAAGCCCCAUUAUGGAGAGAUUAAAAGAGAAGAAGGCAUCAGUUGCAGAUGCUUUAGGUGCAGCACUUGAUCAGGUAUUUGCAGCAACGAGCUUGACUGAGUGUUUGGAAGAAACUAUUGAGUUCUUGAAACACAAGAAUCCUCAAGUUAAAGAGGGAACCGUUAAGUUUUUAAUUAGAUCGCUCAGGACAACUCGAGAAGCUCCCUCCAAAGCCGAAGUAACUCAGAUUUCAGAAGCUGCAAAGAAGUUACUCGCGGAAUCGAGUGAAGUACUGAGAUCUAGUGGAGCCGAAGUAUUGGGUACGAUAAUGAAGAUUAUGGGCGAGCGUGCAAUGGGACCACACCUUGAAGGACUGGAUGAUAUUCGGAAAACCAAAAUCAAGGAAUUCUUCGACAUUGCAGAAGUCAAGGCAAAGGAUAAGCCUAAGCCUCCUCCCGCCCCUGUAGCUCCUAAAGCCGCCCCAGCAGCAGGCCCUAAGAAAAUGGUAAAGAAGACAGUCGCAAAGAAGCCACCUCCACCACCAAGUGCUUAUGCCCAACAAGCUCCAUUAGAGCCCCAGCCUACAGCAAGAAGUGCCGCUGGACUAAAGAAGCCAGGUGGUCUUGGACUGAAACCACCAGGUAAAAAAGUGGUACCACCAGCACUUGCUUCACCUAAACGUAACGCCCCAUCACCAGUUCCGAUUGAAGAAGAAGCUCCACCUCCACCUCGUGUAGGUUUAGGUCGUGGACCAGCUGGUCGAUCAUUGGCAAAAGCACCAUCCGCUAAUGCAGCUCCUCCCAUGUCCUCAAUGUCACCUCCACCGAAUGCCGGUUUGACUGCUUUGGAGAAAGCUGAGCUGGAAGAACUGCGAUUGGACAAAGAUCGAUUAUUACGCCAAGCUGACGAAAUGCGCCAAGAACGCUCAAGACUAUUUUCAGAAAUUCAAGAAUUGAAGAAUCAAAAUGCACAGCUAAUAGAGGAUCAUACACGAGACGUUUUAUCAAUCAAGGCAAAGGAAACCCAACUUGUUCGUUCGAGAGCAGAUGCCGAAACGGCGGAAGCAAUGUGUGCGCAAUUAAGGAGGGAGCAAAACAGAUUAAAGCAUGCUUUAUCAGCCGCCGAAAGAGCCAGUAACCAUAGCCCAUCGAGGGGAUUAUCGAGCCCCGGACGUGAUGGAGCACAUGAUGAAGCUGGCAAUCACCGCGAAUCUAUGUAUGGCGCUCCUUCAGACAGUGGACGCCCAGAUUAUAGAAGUCGCCCUCGUAUGUCUAUCACAUCUUCAAUUGGAGAAGAUCAUUCAAACGGGGCUGGUCCUUAUGGUCGAAAUAUGUUAAGUCCUGAUUUGGAACCUACAAGUAAUGGAAGAUCAAGUGCUGCUAGUGGUAGUGGCAGGGCUAGCCCAGCACCACCAUCUUACACAAGUGAUCGCAUGUCUAGAACUGGUAGUAUUCCUAGUGGCAAUGGAACAGGUGUAGAAAGCUGGAAGAGGGCUGCCGAGGUCACAAGUGCUUUGAAGGCAAAAAUUGAGCUUAUGAAGGCACGACAAAACAUAUCCAAACACUAA